AUGUCUCUAGUUGCCUGUUUUUCACAGUUUUAUGUGUUUGCCAAUACAGAGGCAUCAGAGUGUCUCAUCCUCAUGGUGAUGUCUUAUGACCGAUAUCUGGCUAUCUGUAACCCACUGCGAUACAACAGUAUGAUCAACAAAGGUUUUUGUGUGAAAUCUGUAAUUGUAUCAUGGUUGUUGAGUUUUUUGUUGCUGUUUAAGAAUGAAUUUGAUGCAUACAAAUUUGACUUCUGUGGACCAAAUGUUAUUGACCAUUUCUUCUGUGACUUACCUCCUAUUCUAGAGCUUUCUUGUUCAGAUACUUCAAUUUAUCGAAUCCAGGUUUCUUUAUUUGGUGUUAUUGUUGUUAUGUUCCCAUUCACAAUGAUAAUUGUUUCUUAUGUGUUUAUCAUCACCACCAUUCUAAGUAUUCAGUCCAUUAGCGGGAGACAGAAAGCCUUUUCCACUUGUAGCUCCCACCUGACUGUUGUGUGUAUAUUUUUUGGGAGUCUCUUUUCCGUAUACAUGGUUCCAACCAAUGGAGAGUUAUUGGCUAUCAGCAAGGCAUUAUCACUGCUUUAUACUGUGGUAACACCAUUGUCUAAUCCAUUCAUAUACAGCCUGAGGAAUAAAGACUUUAGGAUAGCUUUUCAAAAAUUGAAACAGUUUCUAUUCAUUUAG